AUGGAAGAUUAUCGUACAAUAAUUCUUCAGCGUUUAGAAGAGCAAGCCGCGAAGAACAAACAGAUUUGUGAUUUUUUCAAUAGCUAUGCCAAACUUGCUGAAGGCGUUAACAAGUCAAAAAAUGUCAUUCCAUCAACUAUUUCAAUAACCACUGAUGAAGGUACUUUGAAGGAAAUUGCUGAAGUCAAAGAGGAAAUAAACAGCCUUUAUCGACAAAAGUGCCAGAAUGACCAAACACUCAUAGAAGCCAACAGGAAAUUAAUGACAUAUGAGUCAGAGCUGUCGCAGGUGAAAGAAAGUAUUGACGAGCUUACGGUGAAACAUUCAGAACUAUGUGCGAAGUACGCAAAACUUGAAGUAUAUCUUCAGAAGUUGCGCCAUGACAACACUGUUGUUAAUGACGAACGAUUGGCGAUGAUGGUCACGUCAAACAGUUUGAAUGACAAAAAGAAAGAAUUGGAAGUUGAGCGUAUAGCAUUGAUGAGCAAGAUACGCGAGCUCAAUGAUAAACGGAUGGAUAUGAUGCAGGAGCAGGAGAGAAUUGAAAUAGAGAAAAACGAUUUAGCAAUGCAAGAGCUGAUCGGCCAAGCAGCUGCGGACACUUCGCUGGAUGAAAAAGUUAAGGCUGCACUUAACGAAACACCUACCGACUUUGGUAUCAUUGAUGGUUUGAUUGGAGACGUUCUUCCUCAAAGACAAUGCGAAAUUAUGGCAACACCAGAAGGAGAAGUCAAUGACGUUCGAUGGCUUCACGGAGAUGUCUUUGCAACCGGCGGCAGCGACAGGGCAGUGACAGUUUGGCGAGUUGAACCAACAGGCACAUGUGCAAAGAAGUGUACUUUAUUCGGGUGCAACGCUGCGGUGACUCAACUUGAUUAUGAUAGAGAUCGACGUCAAGUAUUGGCAUCUUCGAAUGAUCGCAACAUUCGACUUUGGAAUGCGGACACUACAAGAUUGAUUUCAACUCUCUCCGGUCAUGAAGACAAAGCUUCAUGCUGCAAAUUCUAUCAAACGAAUAACGUCGUGUCCGGAAGUUAUGAUAGGAUGAUCAAGAUUUGGGAUUUGCAAAAUCCGAGAUGCAUUCGCUCAUAUUUUCCGGGUUCGAUUGUCCUUGACGUUGUCGGCAAAAUUGACAUGAACCCGACAAUGUUUAUCUCAGGUCACUGCGACAAAAAAAUUCGUUUCUGGGAUGGAAGAGCCAAGGAGCACGUAAAAGAUGUAACUAUGGAUGCUCGUGUCACAUCGCUCUCAGUACUUGCCAAUGGAUUGGAGAUGCUAGUGUCGACCAGAGACGAUCUUCUGUCGCUUUUGGAUCUACGCACGUUCAGAACACUUCAUUUUUAUAGUACUGAGAUGUAUCAUAUUAGUACCGAUCUCUCGCGCUGCACGGUAUCACCCGGAGGUGAUUAUGUUUGUGCCGGAUCGUCGAACGGUAGCGUUUUUAUUUGGAAUAAGGAUAGUACUCGCCUGGAGAAGAAACUUUUUAUAUCUGCUGAUCGUUCUAUUCUCUCCGUAUCGUGGAAUCCUACAGGAAGUGGUAUUCUGGCAGCCAGCAAACAGCAAACUGUCGCUUAUUGGAAAUAA